AUGAUGGCUUCCGAAAAGGCGCAGGAUGCCAUUGGGCCAGCGGCGGAGUACGAUCCUCGCCGUGAUUCUACAGCAUCUGCGGCCAAGGUCGUUCACAAUGCCAGAGCGGCGACGGAGAAGGAACAACGCAUGUCGCUCUGGGAAGGCAUCAAGACCUACCCCAAAGCUGUCGGGUGGAGCUUGCUGAUCUCCACCUGUAUUGCCAUGGAGGGCUACGAUAUCUGCCUCGUCAACAAUUUCUAUGCCUUCCCGCAAUUCAAUCGCAAAUACGGUGAGCUCACCUCAAAGGGUGACUAUCAAGUGCCGGCUCGGUGGCAAGCAGGCCUUAGCAACGGCGCCGCAGUUGGAGAAAUCAUCGGUCUCUUCCUCAAUGGUUGGGCUUCAGAACGUUUCGGAUACCGCUAUACUCUCAUCACCUGUCUCAUCUUGAUCACCGCUUUCACCGCCAUAUUUUUCACGGCCCCGAACGUUCAAGCUCUACUUGCGGCCGAAAUUCUUGCUGGUGUUCCGUGGGGUGUGUUCCAGACUCUCACAAUUACGUAUGCUUCGGAAGUGUGUCCUGUCGCUUUGCGUGGCUACCUGACCACCUAUGUCAACUUUUGCUGGGGCCUUGGACAGCUGAUUGGUGUUGGGGUGAUCAGAUCAAUGAUUGAUCGUAACGAUGAGUGGGCAUACCGUAUUCCCUACGGUCUGCAGUGGAUGUGGCCUGUGCCGUUGCUCAUUGGCAUCCUCCUCGCCCCGGAAUCGCCAUGGUGGCUUGUGCGCAAGGGCAGGACCCGGGAGGCUAAGAAGGCCUUGUUACGAUUGACCACCGUGCAGGAAGACUUCGAUGCUGAUGAGACCAUUGCUAUGAUGGUCCACACGACUGCACUGGAAGAGAAGAUCACCCAAGGCGCCAGCUACCUCGACUGUUUUAAGGGCACUGACCUGCGCCGAACGGAGAUUGUCUGCAUGGUAUGGGCCAUGCAGAACUUGAGCGGCAACUCCUUUUCGAAUUACUCUACCUACUUCCUCGAACAGGCCGGCCUGGACACGUCCAAGGCUUAUUCUUUCGCCAUGGGCCAGUACGGCAUCAACAUGGCAGGAGUGUUCGGCGCAUGGUUCCUCAUGACACUGGGCGUUGGACGCAGAACACUGUACCUGUGCGGUCUCUGCGGUCUCUGCGUCAUGCUCCUCGUCAUGGGCUUCCUCGGUCUGGUACCAGAGGCGCACCGGGACCAGGCAUCUCUCGCCACGGGCUCUAUGAUGAUUUGCUGGGCGCUGGUCUACCAGCUGACAGUAGGAACGGUAGCUUACUCUCUCGUUGCUGAGCUCUCCACCCGCCGCCUGCAGAUCAAGACCGUUGUGCUCGGCCGCAAUCUGUACAAUGUCGUGGGUAUCAUCUGCGGUGUCUUUACGCCGUACAUGCUGAACCCGGGAGCUUGGGACUGGGGCAACUAUACCGGCUUCUUCUGGGGAGGAAUCUGCUUCCUCUGCAUCAUCUACACUUACUUCCGUGUUCCGGAGCCCAGAGGCCGAUCGUUCGCCGAGCUGGACCUUCUGUUCGAGCGUAAGGUCAGCGCAAGAAAGUUCUCCAGUACGCACGUCGAUGUCUUCGACGAGACUGUCGAAAGCCAGGUGGUGAGCGACUACCAUGCCCAACAGAUGGCCGCGGCCGGUGUGACCCAAAAGUAG